GGCGAGCAGCCUGGCGAGCUGCAGCCUCUUCCUCUGUCCCAUGGAGAGCAUCCUGGCCUUCUCGUUCAUGAGCCUGCCGAGCCCCAUGAGCUCGAUGGCGGGCGCCGACCUAUCGCCGGGCUUCGAUCCAAAAUCCCCAUUAUCUUGCCAUUUUGUCCACCCACGGUGGCGCGCCAUCUUUUUUAAUUCUCAUUUUUCAGCUGACGUUACGUGCCUCCUGCAAUUCUCAUCUCGUCUGUCAGUUGAAAUUACCAACGGCGACAUCCCAACUUCCCAAGUACUAGUUCCCCCACACUACUUUCAUCAUCUACUCGCCUUCAUACUUAUCUUGUGAAUAAACUAAGCUGCCGACAGUAACCAGCCCCACCGAGGUGGUGGUGACCGGCGUCCGGCCAUGUCGGCGGGCGACAGGAAGAAGACGGCGUGCGUGACCGGAGGGAACGGGUACAUCGCCUCGGCGCUCAUCAAGAUGCUGCUGGAGAAGGGGUACGCCGUGAAGACGACGGUCAGGAACCCCGAUGACAUGGAGAAGAACUCCCACCUCAAGAGCUUGCAGGCGCUUGGCCCCCUGACGGUCUUCCGCGCCGACCUGGACGAAGAAGGCAGCUUCGACGACGCCGUCUCCGGCUGCGAUUACGCCUUCCUCGUCGCCGCUCCGGUGAAGCUCGCGUCCGAGGAUCCAGAGAAGGAUCAGAUUGAGCCGUCUGUCCGAGGUACUCUGAACGUCAUGGGUUCGUGCGCGAAAGCUGGGACGGUGAGGCGCGUGAUCCUGACCUCAUCGGCAGCCGGAGUCUACAUCAGGCCGCAGCUGCAAGGCGACGGGCACGUCCUGGACGAGGAGUCCUGGUCCGACGUCGAGUACCUCACAGCCGAGAAGCCACCAACCUGGGGAUACUGCGUGUCGAAGGUGCUCCUGGAGAAGGAAGCGUGCAGAUUCGCGCAGGAGAAUGGCAUCAGCCUCGUCACCAUCUGCCCCGUCAUCACCGUGGGUGCGGCGCCAGCCACGAAGGUCCGCACGAGCGUCGUCGACAGCCUCUCCUUGCUAUCCGGCGACGAGGCAGCGCUCGGCGUGCUCAAAGGCAUCGAAAAGACCUCCGGCUCUGUGCAGCUGGUUCACAUCGAGGACCUCUGCCGCGCCGAGCUGUUCAUCGCCGAGGAGGAGGCGGCCGCGGGGAGGUACAUCUGCUGCAGCCUCAACACUACCGUCGUCGAGCUCGCACGCUUCCUGGCCCAGAAAUACCCGCAGUACAACGUGCAAACAAAUCUGCUCAGCACCGACGAUCAGCUCCUCGAGAAGCCGAGGGUCCUCCUUUCGUCGGCGAAGCUGGUCAGGGAGGGGUUCGAGUUCAAGCACAACAGCCUGGACGAGAUGUACGACAACGUCGUGGAGUACGGCAAGGCCCUGGGAAUUCUGCCCAACUGAUCAUGUGAUGCUCCUCUGCUUUCGAUCGAUGAUCACAAGUCGGAACACAUCCCCAAAUCAUGUAUUCUCAGAAUAAAAGUCUAUGCUACUAGUACGCCGAA